UCUCCAUGUCAUGUGUUUGGUCCAACUGGUCAGUGUCUUGCUAAGCAGGCUGUAAAAAGACCUUGUCAGUCAAACACCUUUACUCAGGUAUAUACCAGCUGGCAAUUUUAAAACAUCACCUAUUUCAACAAUGGCAACUAAAAUCAGUGGAGUGCAGCUUGUUUCCUUGCUGAAUUUUGUACAGUUUCUUUAGUGAGCAAGAUACCACGUUUAUGAUUUUAUGUUAGUUCAUGUUAUGAAGAAAGAUACCAUGUUUAUGGAGAGGGUUAAAUUGGGACCCAUGCUUUGGCUGCUACAUCCUUUAAGGGAAAAAAAAAAAAAAAGCAGCCCUGCAACAAAUGAGAAAAACUUUAUGCCUCCUUCAAGAUCAACCAUGACUUACCCAAUCCUGUUAUGCGACCCAUCCCCUGCAAAAUAUAGACUAAAAAAGAUGCAUUAAUUUCACAACAUCAGUGGAACGAUGGUCAUCAAUUUUUUGGCAAAAUCUUGCUGGAAGGAAUUAGCUGCUGUGUGCCCAAAAACCCCUGCUACAGCCUUAGACCUCCUCAGCCUCGGGGGGAGAGUUUUGCCAAAGCUCAUUUCUGGAAGCACAAAGCAGCUGCACAGAGGUUGUGGGGCUGGGCUUCCCACACACCCGAGGGCUGUGCUGGCCUUUCCACAAGGCAGAGCCUGCCAGCUGAGAGCUGGGAUUAGGGAAUAUUUGGUUUAGGGUCAUCAUCAGCUGAGCCCAAUAGCUCCAGAGGAACAUUCCCCCAUGGAACAUCCCGUGUCUCAGGAACACUAAAGACUCUUGAGGGCCCAACACUUUAAGACGCUGUGCCAACACUCCAAUCUGCUGUGUUGCAAGUAAAACAAGAAAUGUGUUCAAAGUGUCUUCCCCCACAAGAAUCAGAAGAAAAAGAGAAAAGUACAAGGCCCUAAACUCAGCCUGCCCUUUUCUGCUCCUGCCAGGGGGCAAUUUCUAUGAGGCAACACCUGUUUCUCACCACUGAGUUCAUUUACUGCCAAGGCAAAUGCCAAGGUCUGCUUUAAAAUCUAAAUGAAUUCUGGUUCAUAAGAUUUCUUCAAGUUUGUGACAUCUCACAGCUACCCAUAAGUAAGAGCGUUUUUCCCAACCAGAUACUCAAACAUAAAAUUUUUUAAUAAAGACAAUUUAAACUAAAUGCACAAAAAGAACAAGAAGCAGCAAAAUUUAAUUUACUGGCAUAGCCAUACACACCCCAAUUUUAUUUUCUUUUUAGGCAUACAAUUAAGGGUAAUUUAAUUCCCCUGUGUAGGCAUUACAUGAAAGAGAAACAUUAUUGUAAGAAGAGCUCAGUACUGUUGGUACACAAACCUUACGACAGAUAAAUUAGACCUUAGAAAAACAGCAUAUAAUUUACAUUUUGUUAUGUCAAUCACCAGGAGCAUCUUAGGGCUCUGAAAUAGCACACCAAACCACAACAUAAGGGAACUAAUGUAAAUCAUCUCUUGUGGCAGGAUCACUCAAGUUUCCACAAUCCAAAAGAUCCCUAAAAUGGAUUUCAUAAGAUUAUUCCUCUUCAACAUCCACUUACACCUUUAAGUUACCAAGAGAUUCUGACAAUAUUUUACUACAGAAGAGUUACAAAGUUUUGCAUAGUUAUAGAAAAAAUCAACAACAUAAGACCACAAUGGGGUUUAAUUAAUCCCUGGUCUUUAUUACUGGAGAAGCCAAUGGGCAGAUGUGCAGGUGGCCCAGAGAAACAGCAGCCUGGCUCAGCUGCACGCAAAAUCCAGCCUUGGGUUAGUCCCACAGUUCUUGGGUUCAGCAGCAGAGGAGGGACAGAACAGCCUAGGGCCAUGCUUUACAUACCUUCACAAACAGAACAAAUGACAUACCCUGAUUUUGUUCUGGGGCUUCCCCUGCAGCCAGCACCUCGUCCACAUUCUGACAGCACACAGGAAAUUAGCAGAAAGGUCAGGAUGUGCAUUGCACAGCAGAGCUAGGAGCACAACACAACAGAACAACGUGGGGUGGGCUCCAAGAAUUCUGUCUCCUCCUAUUCCAUGAUGACUAGAGUAAGAGGACCAGAAACAUAAGGUAAUUUAGCUACUAAAUAAAGUCUAAAAAUCCAGAGUGCAAGAUGUUUACUCGCUUAUAUCAGUCAUAAGAAUUGCUCUGCAAGAUUUUUGUUAAGGGACAUGAAUUGAGGUUUUCAAAGAAGCUAAAUAGGAACACUGUCCCUCUGUGAGCUGACACUGACACGAACUGUGGCACUGUUUUCUGUCAUCAGUGUUCAGUGAAAAACUUGCACAUCAGAAGGAAAAACUGCACAAGUGCCAAGAACUGCAGAAGUACAACUGGAAAAAAUACUGUCUUUGGCCUUGUAGCUUAUAUCAAUUAUUGCUUUUAACAAAAGAUACCAGCAAUGCCUUUCAGGUAAGGCUUCUCCUUCCAUAAAUAUCAAGUUCAAAGUUUCUGUUUGUCAAAUCACACCACAAUUACAACAAACAUAGUCAAACUAUGGUUUGUACAAAAGGGUUUGUAUUCUUCUGUUCUUUAAAUCUCUUAACAGUUUUUUCAUAUUGCUUUAAACAGGAAUUUUCCUUUUGAUUUCCUCACUGCAGCAUAUUCAGCAGCAAAGCAAUCUUCACUUGCCAAUACUGCUGGGCUACAGCAAAUCCAGGACAGCACACCAGCCAAGUGCUCCUCAUGUGGCCGUUCAGAAAAGUCCUCGCUCUCCCCAGCCCAGUAGAAAGUAAGGCACAGACCCCAAAACGCCGAAGUUGCUGUUGGCAUGGUGAGAGACACCAUAAAGCUGAACUCACCGAGAGCUGGAGGUGAGCCCAGAGAGGUGCAGAUUGACCCUCUGCAUCCUCACCUCCCCAGCACCUCCCUCCCACCUGCCCCGAGCAUCCCCUCACCCAGCCCAGUCUGUAAAUAGAGAAACUGCCACUGUUCUGCUCUUUCCAUAGUGAUCUUUGGACACAUUGGCCACCUCCAGGUGUAUGUACCUCACCCCAGGCCAGCACAGAGUUCCAUGCUUUAACAGACACUUCACCAAGCAUGUUCACGGUGGCUUUUCACACACUCAGAAGCUUGUUAACCAGCCAGAGCCUUUCCCACUCCCCCUUUCCAGCCAUGGGUAUGCUCUUCAAAGAGCUCUAUUUACAUGCCAAGCUACAAAGCAACGUGGAAAAACUGCAGCUUUCAUGAUUCUACAGUGAGGUUUUUCACAACAUGAAGCAGCUUCUUAGACUACUUUUUUUUUUUUACUUUUUUUUUUAUUUCCAAACAAGAUUUCACAGUUAAAAAAAAAAAAAUCUCAGUCCACCCACAGGCUUUUGAGGAACAUUAACAGAGGGGCUUCAGAAGAAGAGAGCUUGGCGACCUUAAGCAUUGCAUUCUGAAUGAACAUCCAUGGGAAAACUGCGUACAAGGCAGAAACAAGAGUCACCAAAACCCACAUAUCCACCACAGUUUAAACUACUUCUCCCAUGUUUAGCUCUGUCAGAGCUUGCCUUAUGCCAUCUUCUGUUGUACCUUUCCAACUGCUUACUGUCUUCUCAUUUACUUCUGAGCCUUUGUUUUGGAACCAGCUGUGUCUGAAAUUCCUUCUUGGACAAGCCACAAAGCUGGAUUUGGUCACUUCCUCACAACAUUGACACCAGUUACGCCUGGGGCUCCCCCAGCCCCCAACACACAGGUAUUUCUAUGUGGAAUCUUUCUCCAGUUCCCCAAGAAAUCAAGUCCUAGAUUUCCACCUCAUAUUUAGCCUGUCAAGCACACGGAGCUAGAACUGGCACUUUAUCAGCAUCUUCUUUGUGCAGAGAUGAAAAAUGCUGCCAAUAGUUCAGCAGAAACGAGUCUGGAUGAUCAGCCCGUGCAAAGAAAGCUCUUUAUAAAACCAGGACUAACCAAACUCACAAGAUUAAAGAUUCUCUUUGAACCACACAUGCCAGAGCAGCACUGGGCACCAUCAAUGAUGAGAUUCCAAGGAACAGGACACUGAAAACAUUCAACCCUCACUGUUAGCAAUCCUACCCUCUCUUCUCCACAUCUCCCCCUGCAUUCUACACAACAUGAAGCAAAGGAAAAUGGUUGGAAAGCUCCAGACAGAAGAAAAUUAUACACACCAAGAACUUCCAGAGACAAGUCUAACUUCCUAACAAUGACCAGGAAUUUAGUAGAAGCUACAGCCAGCUGCAGUCUGCUGACACAGAUUUCUCCUUCCUCUCAACACUGGCAGGAAAUAACUACAACCCAGCUUGCACACCUUCCAUGGAAGAGGUGGGCUCGUUCAAUUCUUGGAAAAUGCUUUUGCUCCUCAGAGAGAGAACAACGACUUUGAGCAAACACAGGAGUACAGCACUGCAACCUCUCCAGAGACACUCCCAGGCCUUCCUUGCUUCCCAUUCCGAAAGUUUUGUUCUAAGGCCUCCCCUCCAAGUAGCCAGCACCGCUCCAUACUCCUUCCUUCCUUCCUCUCUGCCACCACAGCUGCAAAAAUGGUUAUCACAUCUUUAAAAAUCAAAGAAGACUAGACCAAGUUUGCAAACAGUCCUUUCUUCUCCAUUCUUUUUAAAGAUGUUAAAGUAUUCUGCAUGAAUGGAGGAAAUUAUUUUAAUUUUCUGUCUUUACCCUAGAAGGCCAGGCUUCAAGUGUUUGCUAGAACACAAGUAUUUUAAUUGAAGUUAAAUAGCCCAGCUAUUUUAAUUAACUUACAGUUUCAUAAACAUUUUUUGGAGCUGGAGAUCUGAAAUAUGUGAUAUUCUGCACAAUAAUGCCCAUUUAAAUCUUUCUUUGCUUUAACCACAUUUAGCCUGCGUUUUCACGACAAAGUACAAUAGGACUUUUAAAAACUGUUAACAAACUAGAGGACACGGAUACAGAAAAUAAUUAAUUGCAAUGUAUCUAGGACCCCCCCACAUUAUAAAUUUUCUCUUCUGCUAUACCCUGUACAGGAGCUGCUUGGAAUGCUCACUCUCUUCUUUCUGUAAAUCACAAGGCAGUAUUUUCAGAGCCGAAUAAUGAGACAUUUAGCCAGAAAAUGCCUAUUUCCACUUUGACUCAAAACUCAAGUUUUGCUCAGUGGCAGGCAUGUGACUCCCUGGUUAUCCCUUCCACGCUCUCACUUCCAGAAGGGAUAGCGGGUUAAUGAUUACAAAAUCCAGUGCAAAGCAAAUACAGAAUGAAAGAGGAGGAAAAACCCAAACAAACCGUGGACCACAACACUGAGGAGUGUGCUCGGAGCCAGGAGCCUGCCCGGGGCUCGGAGGGACUCGGCUGCCCCGCGGGACCGGGGCGGAGGGCGCUGCACCGACCGCGCCGGAGCGAACUUGGGGCCGAGCCCGAGCCCCGGCGGGAGCCGCCCAGCCCGCACCUGGCCGGGACCGCCCGGGGACACCGCGCGCAGCGGCCCGGCUGCGCCCGGCCCCGCCGCCACCUGCGCGCCCCGCGGACAGGUAACGCGCCUCGCCGACAGGUGCGCGCCCCGCGAGCAGAGAUCAAGACAAGUAGGUUUAAGUUAGUUUUCAGCCCCCUGCAAUAGUUCUUCCCAAUCCCAGAGAGGUGACUGUUCCAGAGCACAUGGGCACUGCAGUGGAGGUGGAGAGAGCUCCCAGAGCUGAUGAUCAUCGCGCUCCAGACCAGCCCUGAAGAGCAGAACCUGUAGAAGUCUGAAACUUGGAAAGGACCAAGAGCAGAAGAUUGUCCAUUGUGACUAGUUCCUGCAAUUUGAACUUCAUACUCUGAAAAUGACAGUGGCUGUUCCUCCUCCCCAUGUGAGAAUGGGGGGAGCUGUAAGGAUUUGGAAGUGGGUUACCAGUGCACGUGCCCUGUGGAGCCUGUAGCUUACACGGGCAAAAACUGUGAACUCCUCUAUGACGCUUGCAUUGAACAUGACUGUCCUGCCCACAUGACCUGCACCCGGACUCCAGGGCUCCUGGAGUAUGACUGUGUGUGCACAGCUGGCCCUGCAGGUGCUGCCUGUGACGGUGUCGAUGAGUGUGAGAGCAGCCCUUGCACAGACCCUCGAUUCGAAUGCGUGGAUAGCCCAACUGGAUAUGCCUGUAGGUGCCAGCCGGGCCCCGCUGGAGAAGGCUGCCAGGCAGAAAGUUCCGUGUGCUCCAGCCACCCCUGCCUGAACAACGGCACGUGCGUGGCGGCUCCGGGCGGGUACCGCUGCCUCUGCCGGCCCGGCUUCAGCGGGGCCACCUGCGGGGACGACAUCGAUGAGUGCGCGUCGGGGCCGUGCAGGAACGGGGCCAUCUGCAGGGACAGCGCGGGCGAGUACAGCUGCUUCUGUGUGCCCGGCUUCCAGGGCUCCAACUGCGAGAUCGACAUCGACGAGUGCGCGUCCCGACCCUGCCACAACCACGGCACCUGCCUCAACCACAUGGACCACUACGAGUGCCACUGCGCGCCCGGCUAUGCAGGUGUGAACUGUGAUACGGAAAUAGAUGAAUGUGCUUCAGACCCUUGCCAGAAUGGGGCCCUGUGCAGUGAUCAUGUUGGGUUCUACACCUGCACCUGUGCACCAGGUUAUCAAGGAACCCAGUGCGAGGUGGACAUCAAUGAAUGUGAGAGCCAGCCAUGCCAGAGCAAUGGGACAUGUCAUGACCUCAUUAACAGCUACCAUUGUGACUGCAGUGACACCGGCUUCGAGGGGACCCACUGUGAGCUGGACAUCCUGGAGUGUGCCUCUGACCCCUGCCACAACAGUGCCACGUGCCUGGAGGGAAUCAAGGGCUACAGCUGUGCCUGCUGGCCAGGUUACACUGGGCAGCACUGUGAGGAGGAUGUGGACGAGUGUGUGACAGAGCCCUGUCACAACGGUGGCCUGUGCCUGGAGCGCUCCAACCCAGCCCAUUACGGGACACAGCCCCACUUCCCCAGCAACUUCAGCUACAGCCAGGCAGCUGGGUUCCUGUGCCAGUGCCAGCCAGGCUUUACAGGGGACACCUGCUUUACCAACAUUGAUGAGUGUGAGUCCCAGCCCUGCCAGAAUGGAGGGCUCUGCCAGGACCUGGUGAAUGGCUUCCUCUGUCAGUGCCCACCUGGUUAUUCAGGUGUGGAAUGUGCUGUUAACAUCAACGAGUGUGAGGAGGGUCCCUGCAAGAAUGGAGCUGUCUGUGAGGAUGGCAUUGCUGACUAUUCCUGCCACUGUGCCCCUGGCCAGGAUGGCAUUACGUGGGGAGGGAAGAACUGCUCUGUCCAGCUCACUGGGUGCCAGACACACGACUGCCAAAACGAGGCCUUGUGCAUCCCAACCUACCAAGCUGAGAGCCACAGCCACCUGUGCCAGUGCCAGCCUGGUUUCUAUGAUGCCACGUGCUCAACACCAACAACGUUUUCCUUUGAAUCCAGAGGGUAUCUCCUCAUUGAGCUGCCCGAGAACAGUGAGAGCGGGAGGGGCAUGGGAGGAGCCAGCGUGUCCCUCCGCUUCCGAACCACUUUGCCCAGCGCUGUCCUUUUUUACCGAGGCCGUGAAGCUGAGUACUUGUUCCUGGAGCUCUUGGAUGGCAUCCUGCAUGCAGAGCUGAGGAGGGAGGAUGUUGGGUACCCGCUGGUCCUGAAGGGGCUCAGAGUGGACGAUGGCCAGUGGCAUAAAGUGGAAGUUGUUGUGCACAGCAUUGUGCAGCUGAAGCUCUGGCACAGCUCUUGUGAGGCCGGGGUCUGCCUGCAGAGCUCUCCUGUCCCACCAGGCACUGCUGUGAUCCCACAAGCCUUCCUGAAUCUGUAUAUUGGAGGUGCUGAGGAUGCAAUGGCCAACAACACACGGAGCCAGCAAGGCUUUGUGGGAUGCCUGGAGGACUUGCAGGUGGACACUGAGGCCGUGCUGCCAGCGGAUCUGCCGCUGGGGGAGUCGUCCCCGGUGAGGCCGGGCUGUGACCGCACCGAGUGGUGCCUCUCCCAGCCCUGCUUCCACGGAGGGCUCUGUGUGGACCUUUGGGCCACCUUCAGGUGUGACUGUGCCAGGCCCUAUGGAGGCCCAGAUUGCUCAUAUGAGCGCCCAGCAGCAACAUUUGGCCUAGAGAAUUCCACCAGCUUUGCCUCUUUCACCCUUUCUGACAGCCUUGGUGCCGACUUCAACCUCUCCUUUUUCCUGCGGAGCCGGAAGCCCAAUGGUUUGUUACUGCAGCUCUGCAAUGGGACAGGCCCCUGCCUCACCCUGUACCUAAGGGAUGGCCAGCUGAGCAUAGAGGUGUCACCUAUGGACACUGUGACCUUUCCAGGGAAUGUGGUUGAUGGGAGAAGACAUUUGAUAGCCCUGUCUUUCCGGGGAGGCUCUAUUGGGGCUCUGCAGUCAGACACGUUUGUGGGGCUGGGGCAGCUGCCAGCACAAGCCCUGGGAGCUGGCUCUGAGAUGUUCAUUGGGGGACACCCAAACCCCGACAGUGCUGAGCUGUGGGGGGGCUAUUUCAAGGGCUGUUUGCAGGACAUCCAACUCAACAGCCACCAGAUACAGUUUUUCCAGGUGGAGAAUGACAGUUUGCCAGAGGAACUCAACAGGACUCAAACUGGAAACCUUGUGAAUGGCUGCAUCUCUGAUGACACCUGCCAGUCUGAGCCAUGUCAGAAUGGUGGCAGAUGCAUUGUCACUUGGAAUGAUUUCCAUUGCAGCUGUCCAGCAAAUUUCACUGGGAAAUUUUGUGAAGAGAAAGUCUGGUGUGAAAGUGACCCAUGUCCUGAAGCCACCACCUGCAUAGACGUUGUGGCAGGAUAUGUGUGUCUGGCUAAUGCAACAUUUAAUAGUUAUGCUGCCAUAGAAUUUACCACCAACACAUCAGUGACCAGAACUCUGAGCAGCUUCCGCAUGGACUUCAGAACCAGAGAUGAAGAUGCUGUUUUGCUUCAGGCUGUGGAAGAGGUGGAUUCCCUCCAGGUGGCCAUUAAGAAUUCCUCCCUGCUUGUUGACAUCAGGAGCGGGAACAGCGUCGAGGGUGUCAGCUUCGUGAGCCCGCAGCCCGUCACGGAUGGGGCCUGGCACAGCGUCUCCGUGUCCAUGGAGGAGCCGGCCGCGCUCUCUUCCCGGUGGCUGCUCCGCUGGGACGGCUCGGUGAACGUCACUCUGCAGGGAAGCGCCGGCAACCUGGACUUCCUCAAGAAUGGCGCCUUGGUCGUUUUGGCCGAGAACUUCACUGGCUGCCUGGGCCAGGUGCAGAUUGGGGGGAUCUUCCUGCCCUUCCCGCCCCAGCAGCCGUACCCGCAGGCCGAGCAGUUCCAGCGGGCCGGCCCGGGCAGCGUCCGGCUGGGCUGCUCCGGGGCCGACGUGUGCGCCUCCAGCCCCUGCCUCAACGGUGGCACCUGCGAGGACCUGUUCGACUCCUUCCGCUGCGGCUGCAGCGCGGGCUGGGCGGGGCAGCGCUGCGAGGCCAACGUCGACGACUGCCAGCCCAGCCCCUGCGUCCAUGGGAACUGCGUGGAUGCCGUGGCAGACUUCCAGUGCGAGUGCUUCCGGGGCUUCAUCGGGAAGAGGUGCGACAUCAACGUGGACGACUGCGUGCGGCACCAGUGCCUGAACGGAGCCACCUGCGUGGAUGGCGUUUACGGCUACUCCUGCAAGUGCCCCCCGCAGUACUCCGGACCUCGCUGCGAGUGGCCAUUCCCUCCUCAGCAGUGUGGCAAGAACUUCACCUGCUUGAACGGUGGCAGGUGCAUCACCGAGAGCUGGGGAGCCAACUGCUCCUGCAGGCCUGGCUUCACUGGAAGGAACUGUCAAAUCAACAUAAACGAGUGUGACCCGAACCCGUGCCAGAACGGGGGCACGUGCCAGGACUCGGAGAACAGAUACGAGUGCGUGUGCAGCGCCAGCUUCACCGGCGAGCGCUGCGACAUCAACAAAGGGACUCCAGGUGCUCUCUUCCCCUCCCCACUAAUUGAAGUAGCUGUCCCUGUAGCCUGUGGCUCUGUGCUGCUCCUCAGUAUUGGUCUCAUAUUCAUGGUUCUCACGGCAAGGAAGAGGCGCCAGUCCGAGGGGACCUACAGCCCGAGCCAGCAGGAGGUGGCAGGAGCUCGGCUGGAGAUGGACAGUGUCCUAAAGGUGCCACCCGAAGAGCGCCUAAUCUAGGCCCUGCCAUGCCCAGGACCUGCACCUGCAAGGUCUGCCUGGAGCUGGAGCUCUUCCAGCCCUGGCAGCGGCAGAUCCACCCCAUCCCCGUUCCCCUAAGCCCCGCUCACCAAGAACGGACAUCGCACGCGGGCAGCGGGGCCGGCCGGGCUGGCACUGCUGCACCCCGAUGGCUCCGGGGAGCCUCUGCCCUCCCUCCUGCCCUGCCCCAGGCUGGCCAUCAUUCAUCUCAGCAGGAGCUGAAGUGGCUCUGGCUCCUGUCCCCUCCCAGGCAGGAGAGGCACAUCAAAUCUGCUUUCCAAGGCAGGGUGACCCAAGGCACCUGUGCAGGCUCAGCUCCCUGAGUCCCACUCAGGAGCUGGGAAGGUCGUGGCUGGUUUGUGUGUUCUGCUCUGGUUUUGUCAACAGCUGAAAAACAUUCAAACUCUCUCAGCUCAGGCGUGUGAGGUUUUCAGAGUCUUCAACAGCAACAGCAGCUGUGACCUCCCUGUGACAGCCCUGUGUUAGAGGGAAUUGUCAGGGAUUAUCAAAAUCCUUGUAUAAAUCAGUGUUGAAUGCCCUGGUGCUGUUAGACAUUCCCAUGGGUACCAUGUGGGGAAGGGAGGGGCAGGACUCCGGGGCUUUGGGCCAGUGCUGGAGCUGCCAGAUGCUGGACUUUGGGUGUGUAUGGAGGGGAGAGGGGAGCAGGAAAAGGGUCACCAGCCUCCUGUGCAUUCCCUGCACUCCGUGGGACAGGGGAAGGAGGAGCUCCUGCCCUGCACCACUGUCAGCACUGUGCAGCUGAGAGAGGCACCGGGGGCUGGGCCCAGGGUGUGAAAUGCAGCUGCGUCCUGGUGGAAGCUCUGAGUAACUCCCUGUUCUACCACAGCAGCGAGUGUGGGCGCACCUCAGCCACUCCUCCGUGGUGGGAGCAGUCGGGGCUGCGGGGGCUGCCCUGCUCCUCGCACUGGUUGUAGCCACAGCGAUUGCCAUGAAGAGGAGGAGAGCGACUCAGGGAACCUACAGCCCGAGCCGGCAGGAGAAGGACGGGGCCCGAGUGGAAAUGUGGAACGUGAUCAAGAUGCCCCCGACCGAGCGGCUGAUCUGAGCCCGGGCUCACGCUGGGGGGGACAGCUCUGCACGGCCCUGAGCCUGAGCUGCUGCUCGGCCUCAGGCACUGCCCGCUGGCACCGCCCCACGGGCUGCUCACUGCAGCUCAGCCCACAAAGCAUUCCUAGCAAACUGCUCUGGCUGUGAAAGCUGCAGCGCUGGGGAGCAAAACCUCCACUGCUGAGGGCCAGGGGAGGGAGCAGCGGCUGUGGCACAGCGGGGACACAGAACCAGACAGAGCUGGCUGGGCCCCUGCUCCUGCAGGCAGCAGAAAAACCUCCGAGGCAGGUCCAGUGAACGGGAAUUGAACCACUGUAUUCAGAAAUAAUGUGAAUAAUAAGGCUUUUUCUAAAAGACACAUACCUGUGACUCCUCUGCAAGGCAAAGCCAGGUGAGUGAGUGCUGGGAAAUCCUUCCUAGAGCUGCUGCCCUUCCAGCUGGGCCAGAGCUGGCAUGGCAGUGAGUCCCACUGGGCUGUGCUGGACAUGGCUGCUGGAGCGUUCCCCGAGACCAGACGAAACCAUAGGAAUAUGUGAAGUGCCUUUCUGAUCCUGAGGUGCCAGUUACAGUUUAACCUUUGUGGGAGGAGGAUGUUUUUGUGUUGUUUGAUCCAGCUCCACCACUCCCAAGUAGCUUGGACCAUGGAACUGACCCUUGUGAUGGCCAGGGGCUGAGCAUCAGGUGGUACUUGCUGGGGUGAGGAGGGGAGAAAGAAAGAGUUCUGGAAGUGACCUCUCUGGACAGGUUUGGGCUUGCUGGCACAGCAGAGUGGAAUUUAGUUAGCCAGUUUUUAACCCAAACGAGGGUUGGGGUAACACAGAUCUGCUUUCCACUGCACUAAAAGGGGUUUGAUUUUGUGGCUUCACUUCUCCUGUGUUACUGUUUUAGCUGUUGAAUGUGCUGUUUCUUCUUUAGCAUAAUGUGGCAGAGGCUGUGGAAGGAAAUGCAGCACAGCAGGCCAGGUAAGGCAUUAAGUCAUUAGUGUUUCAGGAUAAUCACAACAACUAUCAAUAAGGAAUAUUUUAGAACAGUGUCUGCUUUUUAAUGUCCAAAAUACUUUUAAAAAUCAGGGUGGGAGCCUGCCUGCUGUAGCUCACUGCCACAAGAAAAUGCUGUUUAUUCUGGUCUGCUUUUGGAUUUUUUUUUCUACUGUAGCUGUAAAUGUUUCUGUAAUUCCAAGCAAAGGGAGGGGCAUGGAACUACUGCUCACAUGUGUUCAUUUAAGAACAGGGGUGUCUGUGUAGGAACAGGUCUCUGCAACAGGCAGCUGCUGACAGAAAAAUGAAAAUUUUAGAAAACAAAAAACCAGGAAUGGGAGACAGGCAAUAUUUUGCCAGUGAGGUCUCUUUCCCUCUAAUAGUGGAGAAGAGUCAAAGGUGAGAUCCCAGCUGUGUCUGGCAGUGACAGGGAUGCCCUGGCUGCAGGUGGGACUCUGUGGCUGACCCUGUUCCUCAGCAGUGACUCUGCUGGCACUGUUCCUGUCACUGGUUUGCUCUGGGCAUUCUCCAGCUGCUCUUUCGGGAGGCCCAGCACACUUUGGGAACAGAGCCAGUGGCACUGCCCGCUCCCUCUGUGGCAGUGGGGCUUUGGGAGCAGGUGAGGGGGGUUUUCCUGUGGCUUUGUGCACAGGAGGCUCCAGGGCAGCAGAGCAGUGCCAGGACAGUGGGGCUGCUCGGCACAGCCCUGGGGCCCCUGUGCUGCCUGGCAAAGGCCACUGUGCUUUCCUGCAGCCCGGGGGGUGCAGUAACCUCAGGGGGGCUCAUGGGGUCUGGGGGUCUCUGCCAGCUGUACCCCAGCACCCCAGGGCAGGUCCUGCUCCUGCUUUUUUGCUCCUCUCCACAUCUGGUGUUUACUCUGUGCAGAGAUGAGGCAGCAGCAGGAUGGAGAAGAGCCCCAGUUCCUCCAGGCUCUGGGCUGUGUCCCAGAGCUCCCCCAGCUCCUGCCCUUCCCUGCCAGGUACAAACCCCUGGAGCCCCGGCAGGUCCGGCCGUGCCCCACAGCAGCUCCUCGGGACUGCAUCCCAAGCACCCAAAGCCAGUAUUAGCAAAGGUGUUAAAAUACUCUGUCAAUGUCUUGAACAUUUCUGCAAAAUAAUUUAUGGAAGGUGGUUUUGUUUUUUUCAGUAAUGAACUUAACUUUCUUUUGAUAUUUAAUUUUUGAAUAUAUUUUUUCACAAAACUGGAUUUGCUGUAGUUAAUGAUUAUGAUCCUGAUUUCUUUUUUAAUUGUAAAUUUUAUAAUUUGUAAAUAAUUAGAAUAUCCUUCAAAAGAAAUUUACAAUAAAAUUUGGUUAAAACCAGACCUGGUUGUUGACUUGUGACUGUUUUUCCCCAAAGAACACCUUGCUGUCUGGAUGGCUGAUCAUGGCCUGUGCCACACCCCCUGCAAAGCUACAAACUGUGAUGGCUCUCCAGGGUUAAAGGAUUUGUUUUGUGAUGAUUUGUCACAGCCCAGAGCCCUGAGCACAGGGUGCAGAGCUUUGCCCAGCUGCACGACAGAGCUGCUGAACACCACGGGAAGGAGCUGGGGAAACCUCUGCUCACUGAGCUGAGCUGCAUUUUACCAUUAAUCCCUGGCUUUUUGGGCAAUAAAGAGACUGGAAUGGAGGAAAAAGGGACUCUGAAGCCUCCACCCAGAGUGAACAAGACACAGAACUGGUUUCACCUCUUGCGCAGCAGCAGAUGCACCACAAACUUUGAAGAGGUUUGUCUUGUCUGUUUGUUUUUAAAAUAAACUUAUUUCUUAUGGCUGUAAAUAAGCAAAGUGAUAGCAAACACAGGGCAAGUACAGGAACAUGGAAAAGUCACUGGUGAGUAAGACCAGGAACACUUUUUAUACUGCAUUAAUAAAAACACCUAGAUUCCUUCUAGGCUUGAACCAGAACUGGUUCAGAUAAGCAAACUAUUUAUACCUGGCACUAUCAGGAAUGAAUCAUGUUAAGGCACUCCUGGGUUUAAAUAGACAACAAAAUCCCUAAAUGCUGUCCUAGGGAUAGUUCAAUUCCUAUUUUACAAGAAACCCCUAAAAAAGUCUCCUGCUUGCAAACACUGCUCCAGAAAUGAGGAAAGGCACAAACUCCUUGUCUUCCUGGGUCUCAGAGGUGUUAAAUAAAGUGAGAGUGAAUAAAUGGGUGUUAAUACUCUUCAGUGCCCCAAAACUGACUUAGCAAAUGAUCCAUAAUAUGAGCAAAGUAACCAGAGAUGGAAAUGAACUGCAGUGGGACAGAAUUUCCUGACAGGUCUAAAGCAUCUGUGAUGGGCUCCUCAGUGUGGGAUCACUGUGUGCCAUUACUGAGUUUAAACAAGGCCUGUGGAGCCCUGCUUGGCACAGGCAGGAUUGUCCAGUGCCCCUUCACAUCCACCAUAAUUCAGAAAGUUUUAUCAUCCAGCUCACUGCAAAGGAGCUCUGAAAUGCUGG